AUUUAAUAGGGGCCAAAAAAUUAAGAGCCCUCGUUUUGGAUGCUUCAAAAAAACAAUCGGAAAUUGUUUACCUAAAGGAAAAAUUGACUUACAUUGAUCAGGAGUUAUCCAGUGUGAAAAAGGAUCUUGUUGAAGAGCAAGGGAAGAAUAUCGAAAACAUCAAUAGGUACAAAACAGUAAACCAAAAGUUUAUAGAGUGUGAGAAGAACUAUGACAAUGAGCUGGCGAUCAUAAAAGCUAGUGUGGAGAAAAAAAGCGAAGAGCUCAAAGCAGCACAGUCUCGAAUUGCUGAACAGGAUCUUGGGCUUAUUGAUUUGCAACAAACCAAUCGUGAACUGGGAAAAGCCCUUAGUAACUUAAGAACUCAAUUGGAUGAAGUUCAGGUUACUAACUCAGAAAUUUUGGAAAAAAAUGCGCAAAUCACACAGGAUUGCCAAGCCAUUAGGGUAGAAUUUGAAAAUAUGACUGCCCAAAAAGAAAAUUGUGAGGCUAACAAUUUGCAGCUAAUGAUCGAGUUAGAUAAAAAGAUAAAUACCUGCGCCGAACUUGAAGAGCGCAAUAAACAGCUUACUAUAGAAUCCCAAAAAGUUUUAUCCAAGGUCCAAAGCGAGUUGAAAAGAAGCGAUCUGCGCUGCGUGGAACAACAACGGUUGACCGAUCAAGCUGCAAAGGAUCUCGAACUAGCUCGAAAUGAAAUCAACACAUUUAAAACUCUUAUUGAGGAAAAGGACAGAAACUAUGCUUCCCUUGAAAACGAACUAAAGGAACUGACAUCUAAAUUGGGUGAGCUGAUUGAUAUCAACGAAAAUUAUGAUAAAGAAUUAUCUGAAGCCAAAUUAAAGCACUUAAAAGACAUGGAAGAGCAGGCUAAUGCUCACGAGAUCGCUAUUUUGAAAUUAAAAGGCCAGUUAAAUGAGGCAUCACUUGAAUUUAAAAAGGUCAAAGAUAGCAGUGGGCAGAUAGAAAAGAAAAAUCUUCUUCAGGUCUCCGAACUCCAAGACAAGAUAAACGAAAUGGAAUUGGAGCAUUACAAGCAGGAGCAGAUUAAAAAAAGUAUGGCACAUGAACUUCAAAUAAAAACUCAGAGUUUUGAGGAAGAGCUGAGGGUACAGAAGGACAAGCUAUCCAAUCAAAUUCAAGACAUGAAAAACGAAAGUCUGCGUACUGCAGUUGAAAUUCAAACAAUCAAAGAUUCACUAAUGCAAAAGGAUGUAAUGUACGAGAGUCAAUUAGAGAAGUUUCAAAGUCUUUCGGCUGAUCACGACAAGCUCAAGUCUUCCUUUGCCAAUCUUCAGGAAGAAAAGGAGAAACUAGUUUAUGAACUUUCCGAUGCUAAGUUAAAAUUCAUCCAAGACCUUAAGGCUCAGGAAGACACACUUAACCAAAAGGUAAAGGAGAUGGAGUUGGAAAUAAAAAAGAAAGAAAACGAGAUAAUAGAAAUGGAGCGCCAAAAAGAUAAUGAAAUGGCCGUGCUCCAAUUUAAAAUGAAUCGAAUUAACAGUGUAAUCGACCAACCAGUCCAAAAUGUGCCUACCAUUUUAUCGGGCUCCAAGCCCCAAGAUUCUCAGGGAUCAGUCAAAAUCAAAGUUUUCCAGAAAAAGCGGCAAUUAAGAGUAACUGAUGGCUUCAUGGGCUCUUCAAAUAAAUGUAAUACCCGACAGCAACGGUUGGCCAGUGCUUAUUUAUCUGACUUUGAAAGCGACGAGAGCCAACCCCUCGCAAGUGAUAAUUUGACUGCAAAAAAGGCCAAAAUAUCUGCUUUCGUUAAGCCACAACAGGAUGAUUUGUUCGACAGUCUUAAAAAAUCUACUUAGACUUUUAAGUUAAAAGUGAAUUCCAUAUAUUCGUUAUCAUUUGAAAUCGGAAACAAUUUCUUUAAACACUUGUACGGACCUUGCAAGUUUUUUUAAGAACAUGUUUUCCUCUUCUUUAUUAUCUCAGUUAAGUAUAAACCUGCUUAACUAGUUAUCACUUAUCAA